AUUAAAAAAUAAGGUUACGUGUGAUGUGUCGAAUGCGUCACGCAAUCGUACAAAGUUUUAUUUUUUAUUUAUCAACCCAUCGCACGAUAAGGACAAGCAACGUAGUCAAGCGAUAAUUCGUCAUAACCACUUUUGUUUGAUAUAACUGUUUACCAUUCUGUAUAAACCGACUCAGCCAGUUCCUAACGAGAAAUCGUGUCGACUGGUCGCUUCCACAAAAGUUAAAGAAGUCUUAAAGUCAUCAUGUCUCUGCAAGAGCAAUUCGACCAAGCCGCCAGCAACGUCAGGAAUCUGAAGUCCCUGCCCAGCGACAAUGACCUCCUGGAGCUGUACGCGCUCUUCAAACAGGCAACAGCUGGUGAUGCUGACCCAGCCAACCGCCCCGGUCUCCUCGACCUGAAAGGCAAGGCCAAAUUCGACGCGUGGCACAAAAAGGCCGGCUUAUCGAAGGAGGACGCGCAAAAAGCCUACAUCGCCAAGGUGGAGAGCCUCAUCGCUUCCCUCGGACUUCAAUAAGCAUAUGAUUAAAGACAGCAUUGCGCGACGGCAAAAUACUGAAAGCAAUAUAGGCUCAAAUGUACUGAGAAGGGGAUACUGCAUUUUUUAGUUAAAUAAAACAUAUAUUUUCUUAUAUUCAAAGUCCGUAUUUAUGAGGAAAAUUCUAUAAAAUUGGUUUCAGUCGUCUAUAUUUUUUUAGGCGGACGUUGUUCUCAUAUUGUCGCUCGCGUGAUAAUGUCACAACAUUUAAUGAGCGGCACGUCCAGGGUUUACAGUUUCGCACAAUAUAUUCAUAUUUACACCGAUAAUGUAACAAAAUAAAUUAUUUACAAACUGAAAAUAGCGACAUCUAGUGGUGAUUUUCGAUACUAUGUAUUUAAGUGCGAGUUUGUGAUGCGAUCUAGAUUUUUCUAGAACAGGUCGUUCCGUCUCAUUAAAACUAUUUAUUACUUCGGUUUAGGCACAAUUAGGAUAUUUUAGGAUAUACAUUAUAAGUAAUAACUACGGCUAAAUCAAUUAUUUUCAACACACAAUGUGGUGCUCAUUUUUAUACUUUCAAUAUUUACCUUUGCUUUGUUUGUUGUAAUUUUUAUAUACAUUAAAACUGGUAUUUUGAAA